GUGUGAAAUGUUUUGCUUUGCAUACUUACUACUAUACUGUUUCGAUCGAUUGUCUGAUUCAGGGCAGAAGAAUAAUGAUGAACUUCUUCCCGUCCACCUUGCGUUUUAUAGCACUGCUUCCAAUUGCCACAGUGGCAAUGCUCUAUAGUGGUAUUCUAUUCGUUUUGUACUCAAAUGCCACGCCUGGAAUAAGCAGGACAGCCAUCAAUGUUUUGACUCAACGCUAUCUUUGCCACAGCACUGGCAUUAAAGAAGAUCUAGCUGCACAAAAGUUUAUCAGGUCGGGCCGAAUUAAGUGUUUAUCUGCAACUGCCAUGGAUAUUAUUAUUGCUGCAGGUAUUGCUCUGGAGAAUGUCACCGGCUUUACCGUCGUAAGCGUUCCCAUCGAUAGCAAUUCUCCGAUGGCGCUGCUGCCAUUCCGAUUCAAAUUCUUUGAGCAAGCACUGGAUGAGGAGCUGGACACGAUCGAACAGAUUGUGGUUCUUGGUGCUGGCUUUGAUACAACUACGUUCCGGCCUUCUGUUGUACAGGCAGCGGGGAGGCGGAAUAUUAAAAUAUUUGAGGUGGACAACCCCAUCACACAGCAGGUAAAGAAGGAGGUAGUAGAAAAGUCCGGUCUGAACGCUUCUCACAUAACCUUCGUGCCUUGCGACUUUGAGAAAACCAGUUGGCUAGAAGCUCUCUCGCAUUGUCAAGAGUUCAAAAGCAAAGCUCGCACUUACUUUCUGUGGGAAGGAGUUAUGUAUUACCUGACGGAGAAAGCUGUGAGAGAAACUAUCAAUACUGUGGCAACGGAAUUCCCUGCAGGAACGUCUCUCGCCUUCGACUACUUCCGACUAGACCGUUUCGCCAGAAGGUACCUAUGGGCCAUGAGAUUAUAUGGCGAACCACUGUUGAGCUCAAUUGAUACACGUGAAUCCCAGGAUUUCAGAGAGACACUCGAUGACUUUAUAAGCGAACGUAGUGACGGGAAGAUGCGGAUAACCAAGCAGGGCUCAUACCAAUACUUUAAUCAGGGUGAUUUUGGUGGUGUAAUCAAAGCUCUGGUAGCGUAAUAUAUCACACCCGGCAGAAUGUAUUUGUACCUGCAGGGUGUGUGGAAUGCAACAUUGGUCUCAUUGACGUCGUUCUAAACAGGCACUGUGGUACUACUGACUGGUACACAGCCAUACAGCGGAGCUAGCAGACUAAAGGCAUGCUUCAUAUUCUUAACAGCAGCGGUAUAUCUAAUAAGAUUUUACGGCACACACAACCUAGUAAAAUGGGAAGACGGCUUUGGGCUGAUAAAUAGCAUUGGGCUGUCUUAGAAGGUAGACGCAAAGAAGGUCCAAGUUGUUUACUUUAUUAAAAGACUACAAUACAAGAAA